GCCAACCACAGAAAAAGUGGCAACACCGCCGUGUAUAUACAUUUUGAGAGAAAAUUUUGUUCAGGACUGCGCAUCACCGUCGUACCAAUUAGCUUACAAGCAUUUUAAGGACCCUGGACAUUAAAUAGCUAAAUCUAACCGGAAAAGGCUGAGUGGGCAACACUUUAGCCUGCGCCGCCGCCAACGUCGUCACACAAAAUGAAUAAACCAAAAGGCACAGCAGUUUUUUGUUAAUUUUCUGAAAUUUCAAUUUGUCUCGUCGUUAUCAUCAUCCGCAUUGCCAUCGUAAUUUUUAGCAGGUCUCUCUUAUUACCACCCAUCGCCCGCCCGCCCAGCUAGCUUUGUGGGAAACCUUGUAUUAAAGUUCGUUUACUGGAACAUUUUCACUAGCCCCCAGGAGCUUCGUCUUCGCUUUUUACUACGCUUCAGUUCUCCAACGAGACGCCCACACAAAUAUUUAGUUAUGUCAUCGACCGCCGGCAAACGCAAGGAAAUAUACAAAUACCUGGCGCCAUGGCCAUUGUACUCUAUGAACUGGAGUGUGCGCCCAGACAAACGUUUUCGCCUUGCCCUGGGCAGCUUCAUCGAGGAGUACAACAACAAAGUGCAAAUCAUUAGCCUGGACGAGGAUACCAGCGAAUUUAGUGCUAAAAGCACCUUUGACCAUCCAUAUCCUACAACAAAAAUCAUGUGGAUACCAGACUCGAAAGGCAUCUAUCCCGAUCUGUUGGCCACCAGCGGUGAUUAUUUGCGCGUUUGGCGCGCUGGUGAACCGGAUACCCAUCUGGAGUGCGUGCUAAAUAAUAACAAAAACAGUGAUUUUUGUGCGCCGCUAACAUCGUUCGACUGGAACGAGGUGGAUCCCAAUUUAGUUGGCACAUCAUCCAUUGACACCACCUGCACAAUAUGGGGCCUAGAGACUGGGCAGCCGCACGCGCGCGUCUAUGUGGCUGGGCAUGUUAAGACACAGCUAAUAGCACAUGACAAGGAGGUCUAUGACAUUGCAUUUUCACGUGCCGGCGGCGGCCGCGACAUGUUUGCCUCAGUUGGCGCUGAUGGCUCCGUGCGCAUGUUUGAUUUGCGUCAUCUGGAGCAUUCGACCAUUAUCUAUGAGGAUCCUGCGCAUACUGCGCUGUUGCGCUUGGCCUGGAACAAACAGGAUCCGAAUUACUUAGCCACUGUUGCCAUGGAUUCAUGUGAAGUUAUUAUUUUAGAUGUUCGUGUUCCUUGUACACCUGUUGCAAGACUGAGCAAUCACAGAGCGUGCGUCAACGGUAUUGCGUGGGCGCCGCAUAGUUCCUGUCACAUUUGCACUGCCGGUGAUGAUCACCAAGCACUGAUCUGGGAUAUACAACAAAUGCCACGCGCAAUCGAGGAUCCAAUUUUAGCCUAUACAGCUGCUGAAGGCGAAGUCAAUCAAAUACAAUGGGGUGCCACGCAACCCGAUUGGAUAGCCAUUUGCUAUAACAAAGCGUGCGAGAUCCUGCGGGUCUAAGAGUCAAUUUUUCUUACCACCCAAGCAACCUGUCCCCCCUCCCGACCCACACUGCUCUGCCCUGUGGCUGUGAUGUGAGGAUGAUGUGGCUGCAGAACGCACAGUUGUCAACACACCCAAUAACAGCAGCAGCAGAAGCGACACCAACCAACACACAGAUACGCAUACUCAAACACACACACACACACACAGAGACAGACACACACACACACACAUGCGGAUACAGAACACAAUGUAGUUGUAGGUUUUGUAGGCGCAGCCGCGGAAGAAACGCGUUUUAAUUACAUAAUAUACACACAUAUAUAGUUUUGUAUUCGGACGUCGAUUUAUAUCCCACAAUCCCGCAUCCGCAUCUGCAACCCAACUUGGUGUAUUGGUCGCCAGUGUCUGUGGCUCAGUCGAAGUUAAAAGUGAGACGCGUAGGCGGAGCAGCCGGGCAAUUCUAUUAGAGUUUAGUUUUUUAAUGCUCUCUGUGGCCGGGCCAGGCACAUUUAGCAUCCCCCUAGCUUAGUUGAACAUAAUGUUAUGAUAUAUAAGUCUCAAGGUAUAACCAAAAUAUGUAUUGCUAUUUGUAAUUUAUUUGACUCGUUUCGCACGUUAUGCUGAAGAGUACCGGACGCUUAGUUUUAUGAAUUGACAUGUCUGGCUUAUUGACAUUCUGUUUUUAAGAUCGCAAAAAAAAAAAAAACAUUUACACAUAAAAACAAAAAACAAGAUGAACAAAUGAAAAACAAUGUCCUACCUCGUUUUCCAACAUGUUAAAUGUUGUUAAUAUUUGUGUCUAACCGCAGUAAGAACAACAACAACAACAACAACAACAAACCAAACAAACAAACAACUACACGCAAAAACAAAA